AUGAGUCUGUGGAGGCGAAUUCAGCGUAUUGGCAUGAAAGCUGCCAAAUUCCAGUUUACUGUAUCGUUGGAGGAGUUAUCGAUAAAAUUUGAGAAGGAAUAUUGGCCGAAAAACAUUGUUGUUGUAUUCACUCGCAGGGGCAGGCGAUGUACAUCUCAGCCCGUAACGCUGCGCAACUCCAUACCGGAAGAUCCUUCGUUUUCCUACACGUGGACCGUACCGGAUAAUUUAGAAGUUGUAACCACCCUCUAUCGAAGUGAAAAAGACAUCUCUUUUGAGGAUAAGGAGUGGACCUUUCAGAUCGAAGAUGUGUGUGUGUCAGCAGCGGAGUUUAAAGAGGCCACUAGACGGCGUGUUUUGGCCACUCGCAAUCUUAACUUGGCCGAAUUCGCAUCAGCUCUGCCCACGCAGAAUAACCUCAGGGUGAACCUGCGAGCAGCCUCUAGAAAGGUAUCCUCUGCCAGCCUAUUGUUCACGCUUCAUGGACUCAUGCUCCGAACUGGCGAGGCGACGGACGAGGAUAUGAUUUCAGUUGCCUCCUCAAUGUCACUCACCUACGCGCCACCCUCGGCCUACGGGAGUAGGUGGGGCAGUGAGUCGCCCAUUCCCGAGUCAGAAGCCUUUUGCAAUGAUCUAGCCAACAUCUCUAGUCAGUUGCAAGCUCUCGAGCGUGGCUCGGACCUCUGUGAGGUCGAUAAGGAGGACACUGAAGCGAAGGAGGCAGGACGAACGGAAGCGGAGACGAUGACUAAAGGCGACCAAUCAGAAAGCCAAGCCAAGGUCACCUCUCAGACAGGCCAAGAUCUGUUGGCCUGGUGUCAGGAGGUUACUGCCACCUACGCUGGCGUGAAGAUCAAAGAUCUCACCAUCUGCUUCCGAUCGGGUCUUGCUCUCUGCGCGAUAAUUCACCACUUCCAACCUGAGGCCAUAGGUGACUUUGAACUGGUGCGAGGCAUGACCCCGACGGAGCGUGUUCGAUUGGCCUUCGAUGCGGCCAGUCGACUUGGUGUUGCCCGGGUCUUUGUAGAUCCCUGUGAGGUGGUGCGAGGGCGAGGCGGUGCUCCUGAUCGCCUCUCAAUGAUGACUUACCUGCACCAGCUACGCGCUUGCCUUAUCUCAACAACCGAGGAGGAAGAGGAGGCGGAGGCGGUGAAAGCGGCCUCUGCUACACCUCUCGAUGGUGCUGCGGACCAUCAACAGAGCGAAUCGGAGGAAACCAGGGAGUCUGAGGAUAAGGGCAAAACAAAAGCUAAAAAGAAGAAACAUGUGAGUUCAGGUGGCGGCAGCGCCUCGGAGCGCUAUGAGCAGCUGUUGACGAAGGCGCGAACCCUUCUGAUGGAGUCAAAAUCGGCGGAUAAGAAUGCUCCUUCACGUGGCACAACAACCACUGACGGAGCCCCCGAAUCCUCUAAUCCCUCCGUCUCAAAACAUGAAAUUGACGGGACCACAUCAACCAUGGGAAACAUGAAGGCGCGAAAGUUGAAACUCUCCAACCUCAAACUCUUCUCAGAUGCCAUGGAGAAGCACAUCAACUCCGACGCCUCCCCUAUUAGUGCCGAGGCAGCCGCCGUGGCAGCUGAGCAGGAGGCGUUGGACUGCGAGGCGCCAGACCUUGAACGACGUCUGCGUGCGGUCAUGGGUUCUGGGACAUCGGAGGAGGAAAUGCUUAUGCGGCGCUGGUUCCAACUCAUCUCUCGUCGCAAUGCCCUUGUUCACCGCUCCUAUCAACUCUCCAUCAUGGAGAAGGAGUCCGAUCUGGAACGAACUACAGUCCUUCUCAAUGCUGAAUUGCGCGAGCUGAUGGAAAAGGAUGACCGUGAUGUUGGGACACUUUCUGUCUCCUUUUGCUCCCUCGCAGACAGUCAGAAGACUGCUGAAGAUCGAGCUCGUGAGGAGCUUCUGUUGCGUGAAGUUGUGGAGGUGGUGAACGAACGCAAUGAGAUUGUUCAGGAGCUGGACUAUCAGGAGCAGGCCCUCGUCAACGAGGUGGAACUGGGUCUGAAGACAGACGCAAUCACUCAACAAACCUUCCGUGCGAUCUCCGGAACUGGUGACACGGGAACGACACGGUCCUGUACCAUUCAAUGA